AUGACCUGUAGAUUAAAACUGAAGAAACUGCAAAAAGGUGGGAAUUUAAGGAGAUGGGACCUGGAUAAACUGAAAGAACCAGAGGUUGUACAGAGUUUCAGCGAGAGCAUAAGAGAACAAUUGACAGGAAUGGGAGAAAGAAAUACAGUAGAAGAAGAAUGGGUAGCUUUGAGGGAUGAAGUAGUGAAGGCAGCAGAGGAUCAAGUAGGUAAAAAGACGAGGGCUAGUAGAAAUCUUUGGGUAACAGAAGAAAUAUUGAAUUUAAUUGAUGAAAGGAGAAAAUAUAAAAAUGCAGUAAAUGAAGCGGGCAAAAAGGAAUACAAACGUCUCAAAAAUGAGAUAGACAGGAAGUGCAAAAUGGCUAAGCAGGGAUGGCUAGAGGACAAAUGUAAGGAUGUAGAGGCUUAUCUCACUAGGGGUAAGAUAGAUACUGCCUACAGGAAAAUUAAAGAGACCUUCGGAGAUAAGAGAAACACUUGUAUUAACUUCAAGAGCUCAGAUGGAAACCCAGUUCUAAGCAAAGAAGGGAAAGCAGAAAGGUGGAAGGAGUAUAUAGAGGGUCUACACAAGGGCGAUGUACUUGAGGACAAUAUUAUGGAAAUGGAAGAGGAUGUAGAUGAAGAUGAAAUGGGAGAUGCGAUACUGCAUGAAGAGUUUCAUAGAGCACUGAAAGACCUGCGUCGAAACAAGGCCCCCGGAGUAGACAACAUUCCAUUGGAACUACUGACGGCCUUGGGAAAGCCAGUCCUGACAAAACUCUACCAUCUGGUGAGCAAGAUGUAUGAAACAGGCGAAAUACCCUCAGACGUCAAGAAGAAUAUAAUAAUUCCAAUCCCAAAGGAAGCAGGUGUUGACAGAUGUGUAAAUUACUGUACUAUCAGCUUAAUAAGUCACGGCUGCAAAAUACUAACACAAAUUCAUUACAGACAAAUGGAAAAACUGGUAGAAACCGACCUAGGGGAAGAUCAGUUUGGAUUCCGUAGAAAUACUGGAACACGUGAGGCAAUACUGACCUUACAACUUAUCUUAGAAGAAAGAUUAAGGAAAGGCAAACCUAUGUUUCUACCAUUUGUAGACUUAGAGAAAGCUUUUGACAAUGUUGACUGGAAUACUCUCUUUCAAACUCUGAAGGUGACAGGGGUAAAAUACAGGGAGCGAAAGGCUAUUUACAAUUUGGACAGAAACCAGAUGGCAGUUAUAAGAGUCGAGGGACAUGAAAGGGAAGCAGUGGUUGGGAAGGGACAAGAUGCAAAGAGAAAAUUUGAAAGACUUCAUCCGACUAAUAUAGUCUCCAAUUUUGUGAUUGUAAUGACACAGUCCACACCUCACACAAUGAAAAAGUCUUGCACGACGCUUCCUGGUCCUGGUCAUAUUCCAGGGCCAGCCCUACAGUUGGGGAAGGGAACUUCAGCUCCCUCAUCCCCUACACCUAUAGCACCAGUGCUUCCCACACCAUCGAAGCAGCCAGAAAUGCCUAGUCAUCCUCUGAUGUCAGGAAUGAGGACACCUGUCAAGGUGCCCCCCUCUCAAGACAAGGACCAGCAGCCACAGGCUGCGGGCUGA